CCGAGUGUGCUGCCUUCGCCACUUGGGCCGCCCGGGGGGAAAACAUGGCGUCUGCCCUGGAACAGUUCGUGAACAGUGUCCCACGGCUCUCGGCUCAAGGGCAAAUGACACAGCUUUGUGAACUGAUUAACAAAAGUGGGGAACUCCUUGCGAAGAACUUAUCCCAUCUGGACACUGUGCUCGGGGCUCUGGAUGUACAGGAACACUCCUUGGGCGUCCUUGCUGUUUUGUUUGUGAAGUUUUCUAUGCCCAGUGUUCCUGACUUGGAAACGCUAUUCUCACAGGUUCGGCUCUUCAUCAGUACUUGUAAUGGGGAGCACAUUCGAUAUGCAACAGACACUUUUGCUGGCUUAUGCCAUCAGCUAACAAAUGCACUUGUGGAAAGAAAACAGCCCCUGCGAGGAAUUGUCAUCCUUAAGCAAGCCAUAGACAAGAUGCAGCUGAAUACAAACCAGCUGACCUCAAUACAUGCUGAUCUCUGCCAGCUUUGUUUGCUAGCAAAAUGCUUCAAGCCUGCCCUUCCGUAUCUUGACGUGGAUAUGAUGGAUAUCUGUAAAGAGAAUGGAGCCUAUGAUGCAAAGCACUUUUUCUGUUACUAUUAUUAUGGAGGGAUGAUCUAUACUGGGCUGAAGAACUUUGAAAGAGCUCUCUACUUUUAUGAACAGGCUAUAACUACUCCUGCCAUGGCGGUCAGUCAUAUCAUGUUGGAAUCAUAUAAAAAGUAUAUUUUAGUGUCUUUGAUAUUACUUGGCAAAGUACAACAGCUACCAAAAUAUACAUCUCAAAUUGUGGGUAGAUUCAUUAAGCCUCUUAGCAAUGUAUACCACGAGUUAGCACAAGUGUAUUCAACCAACAACCCCUUAGAACUCCAAAACCUGGUGAAUAAGCACAGUGAAACCUUCACUCGCGAUAACAACAUGGGGCUGGAGAAGCAAUUCUUGUCAUCUCUUUAUAAGAAGAAUAUUCAGAGGCUAACAAAGGCAUCUAGUAUGAUUGAAGAAUUACAGCAGUAUGUCUGUCAAUUAAAACAGCAGUUACAAGAAUCACAAAUUCAAACAAAGGAACAACUAAGGGAUCAAGAAAAUAAGUUUCAAAUGGAGAAAAUUCAUUUAAAACACACCUAUGAAAAAAAGAUAAUUGACAUACGACGAGAAUAUGAAACAAAAUUGAAAGGAUUGAUGCCAGCAUCCCUAAGACAAGAACUUGAAGACACCAUCUCCUCCCUAAAAUCACAGAUUAAUUUUCUGCAAAAGAAAGUUUCCAUCCUUCAAGAAAAGUUACUACAUAUCAAGGCAGAAGGUACAGCCCAUAAGCAGGUAACUGCACGAGAGAAUGCAAUGGAUGCAAUUUCCAGGCUACGCUGUGGACUUCUUCCAGCAGGUUUGAAGAUUUGGAUAUUGUAA